AUGAAUUAUUGUAGUUUACUUAAAGAUGUAGAUACAAGUGGUACUUUAGAUAAUUAUGAGAUGGGUAAUGAAAUGGAUAUAUUUAAUAACUUAAAGAGAUUAUUAAUUUAUCAUUCAGAAGAAAAUAUUAAUACAUUAAAAAAUAAAUUCCGUAAUGCAGCUGUAUGUUUAAAAAAUGUUGAUGAUUGGAUUGUAAAUAAGAGAGAAAAAGAAAAUUCUUCGUCACAUGAUAAUACCAACAAUAUGUUUUGUAAUAAAGAAUAUUGUAAUAGAUUAAAAGAUGAAAAUAAUUGUAUAUCUAAACUUGAAGUUGAAGAUCAAGGUAAUUGUGAUACUGCAUGGAUUUUUGCUUCAAAAUAUCAUUUAGAAACUAUAAGAUGUAUGAAAGGAUAUGAACCUACUAAAAUUUCUGCUUUAUAUGUAGCUAAUUGUUAUAAAGGUGAACAUAAAGAUAGAUGUGAUGAAGGUUCUAGUCCAAUGGAAUUCUUACAAAUUAUUGAAGAUUAUGGAUUCUUACCAAAAGAAUCAAAUUAUCCAUAUAAUUACGUCAAAGUUGGAGAACAAUGUCCAACAGUACAAGAUUAUUGGGUUAACUUAUGGGAUAAUACAAAAGUUUUAACAGGCAAAAAUGAACCUAAUAGUUUAGAUGGUAAGGGAUAUACUGCAUAUGAAAGUGAAAAGUUUCAGGAUAAUAUGGAGGCAUU